GUACUUUUCUCAAACUCUUUACACUUGACAUGUAUUCCUAGUUAACCUUUUCAGUUUUUGCCUAAAUAGCCGAAAAUGUCGACUGGAUCAGCCACCGUAAUCCCCUCGAGGAUGAACCUCCAAAUACUCAAGCAGAGGCGUCAGAAUGCGUAUUUGGGGUUUUCUCUGUUGAAACGUAAAGGUGACGCUUUGACUGCAAAGUUCCAUAGGCUUUUGAGAGACACCGUACAGGGGAAGGAAAAGGCAAUUGAGGGUUUUAAUGAGGCAUCAUUUUCGCUAGCAAACGCAGUUUGGUCUGCAGGAGAUUUCAAGAGUUUGGUAAUAGAGUCUGUUUCACGGCCUUCUGUCACCUUAAAGGUUAAGAAUGAGAACAUUGCUGGUGUUAUAUUACCGGUAUUUUCACUCCAAAAUGAUCCUACAGUAGAUGUAAUGACUAAUUUGCGUAUAUCCCGAGGAGGAAACGCCAUAGAAUCGGUGAAGAUGUCCCAUUUAUCGGCACUGGAAAUUUUGGUUGAACUGGCUUCACUGCAGAUAUCUUUCAUCAUUCUGGACGAGGAGAUAAGAAUGACGAACCGCAGGAUCAACGCGCUUGACAAUGUCGUCAUUCCAACGAUCGACAGGAACCUAGAGUAUAUUAUUAGGGAACUAGAUGAGAUUGAGAGGGAAGAAUUUUACAGGCUCAAGAUGGUCAGGAAGAAGAAGGAGCAAGACGAAGCCAAAAAGACCAAGUCAAUCACAAAGCCAGAGAGUAUUAUAGAGUCCUUUGAUGAGGAUAUUGUUGUAUAAUUGUACGUCUUUUU